UUAUAGGUUGGAAAGAAACAGCUUCUUCAGUGAGUGCUUUUUCUGGCCUGUGAGAUUCCAUGGCUUCAGUUGGUGCAGUGAAAAUCUUGUGCUUAGUUCUAUGGCUCUGGAACUUUCUACCUCCUUGUCAAGGUUUAGGUAAGCAGAACUGGCAUGAAAGCUAUCCUUUUAUCAAACAUGCAAGCUCAUUCUCAUCACCAUCAAUUUCAACUACCUCCAGCAAUAAUGGCUAUGACUACAUAAUAGUGGGAGGUGGCACAGCAGGGUGUCCUUUGGCUGCAACCCUCUCUCAAAACUUCAGUGUUCUGCUGCUAGAAAGAGGGGGUGUUCCUUUCUCCAAUCCCAAUGUUACAUUUCUAGAGAACUUCCACAUUACCUUAGCUGACACUUCUCCAACUUCAGCUUCUCAAUACUUCAUUUCAACAGAUGGAGUUUACAAUGCAAGAGGAAGGGUUUUGGGUGGUGGUAGUUCUAUCAAUGCUGGCUUCUAUACUAGAGCAAGCCAAAGCUUUAUACAGAAGGUGGGGUGGGAAGCCAAGCUAGUAAAUCAGUCUUACCAAUGGGUUGAAAAGCAAAUUGUUCACCGUCCAAAGUAUUCAGCUUAUCAGAGAGCAGUGAGGGACAGUCUUCUAGAUUCUGGAGUGUCUCCUUUUAAUGGUUUCACCUAUGAUCAUAUCUAUGGAACCAAGAUUGGUGGAACCAUUUUUGACAGAUUUGGCCGUCGCCACACAACUGCUGAAUUGCUUGCUUCUGGAAACCGUGACAAACUUACUGUUUUGAUCUAUGCCACUGUCCAAAAGAUUGUUUUUGAUACAAGAGGAAAAAGACCAAAAGCUGUUGGGGUUAUUUUCCAGGAUGAAAAUGGUAAACAGCAUGAGGCAAUUCUGGGAAAUGAUAGGCAUUGUGAAGUGAUAGUUUCUAGUGGGGCAAUUGGGACUCCUCAGUUGCUAAUGCUUAGUGGAAUUGGACCAAAAGCAGAACUCCAGAACUUGAACAUCUCAGUAGUCCUUGACAACCCAUUUGUUGGGAAGGGAAUGGUAGAUAAUCCCAUGAACACAGUUUUUGUUCCUUCUAAUAGGACAGUUAAUCACACACUCAUACAAACUGUGGGUAUCACCAAGUUGGGUGUGUACAUUGAGGCUAGCAGUGGGUUUAGUCAGUCCAGUGACAGCAUUCACUGCCACCAUGGUAUCAUGUCAGCUGAGAUUGGGCAGCUCUCCACAAUUCCUCCUAAGCAAAGAUCACCAGAAGCUAUUCAAGCUUUUAUCAAGAACAAGAAAGACAUACCAAUUGAAGCAUUUAGAGGAGGCUUUAUCUUGUCAAAAGUUGCAAAUGCUUGGUCAGCAGGUGAACUCAAGUUGAUCAACACCAAUGUGAAGGACAAUCCUUCAGUUACCUUCAACUACUUCAGUCAUCCAUAUGAUCUUCAGCGCUGUGUUGAAGGAAUCCGCUUGGCAAUUAAGGUAGUUCAGUCAGAACACUUCACAAACUACACUUUGUGUGAGAAACAAACCACAGAGAAACUGCUUAACCUCUCUGUGAAGGCUAAUGUCAACUUCAUACCUAAGCAUGCCAAUGACACAGAGUCACUAGAGCAGUUCUGCAAAGACACUGUGAUCACAAUUUGGCACUUCCAUGGUGGGUGCCAUGUGGGGAAGGUAGUUAGCCCUGAUUAUAAGGUUCUUGGGGUUGACAGACUCCGUGUAAUAGAUGGCUCAACAUUUACUGAAUCACCAGGAACUAAUCCUCAAGCCACUGUGAUGAUGAUGGGCAGGUACAUGGGACUGAAGAUCUUGAGAAAUAGGUUGGGGAAACUGGCUGGUAUAUAAGGUGGACUAUGUUGUGUGAAGAUCAUAUUAAAUCUAAAAAAAUGGAGAAGAAAAAGUGUGUAAUAUGAAGGUGAAUGUUGCAGAUAAAAAAAAAAAAAGCAGUGUUAGUUGUAGGAUUGGAAAUGAAUGUAGUUUAUUUGUUGUAACAUCUGGUAAACAGUGAUUAUUGGUAAUCAAGAAAGUCUUGGCUUU